CCAGUGAAACUGGUAGGACAGACGGAAUGUUUAAUGAAGUAAAGUAAUCAAAUAAAUCCACGCCCCCAUUACCUCACUAUAAGAGGCCAAACCCCCCAUACAUCAGUGUGUUUUUUUCUGUCCUUGGGACUGCAGGACAGACGGGGCAGCCAUUUGGCUGCCAUGCUCUUAGAUUUCAUGCUAACCUUGUGUUUCUCUUUCAGGGUUGCAGCUUAUCUGAUCAAGCUGGUGCUGCCGGCAUGUUGGAGGCUCGGAGCUCCUGCAUUCAGCUUCCUGUUUGGCUUACACACAUUGUGUUCCAGCGCCCUCUGGUGGUUUGUUGCUGAACAACAAUGAUUAAAGUUUGUUCAAACCUGGCGUCUGACGUCAGUUUGGGCGCCAAAUUUGAAUAUAUAAAGCCUCCAGUCCUUCCAGGCUGUGCUGUUGCAGCCUUGGGUUGGUUACUGAGGCAGACUACUUUAGUCACCAGCUUUCCUGUGUCUGAUAAUGUCCUCUGCCGGUGAUGGGGAUCGGACUGGGCGCAAGACGUCAUCCAAGCGCAAGCAUUUGGCGUGUAGGGAUUGUGACACCCCUCUAGCGGACUCCUAUGAAUUUAAUAGGUGUCCCUCUUGCCGUCCUCCUCCUCCUCUGCCUCCUGAUACGGAGCCUACCAUACGGGACGUAGUAGUCUGGGUAAAGGACUUUGUGGAGUCCUCAAUGAACACCCUAAGGGAUUCCGUGUCAUCCAGAAGACCCAGUGUCCGAUCUCCUCUGAGACCCACUCCUAUGCAGGAGGAAGUCUACCAUACCGUGGACGAAGUCCAUUCCUCUGAGUCUAGCGGGGAGGAAGAAGAGGCUGGAAGGUACGCCUUUCCUGUAGAGAAGACCCAGAGGUUACUUAGAUCCAUCCGGUCGGGGGACCAGGAUGUUGAUCCCGGGGAAGCUUCAGAGUCCACCUCUAGGGGGCCAAGGGCCUUCAAAGUGGACGAGACUCUGUCUCGAUUAAUGAAGCUAGAAUGGAAACAUCCUGAGAAGGCACCGGUCAUCUCAAAGCGCUUCAAGUCCAUGUUCCCGAUUGUGACUUCCCAAUUUGACCAGUGGGGCACUGUGCCCAAAGUUGAUUUGGCAAUUGCAAAAUUGUCUAAGAGGACUCUUGUCCCGGCUGAUGACGGCUCCAACUUACAGGACCCGAUGGACAGGCGGGUAGAAUGCACCUUGAGAAGGUCUUACUCCACUGCUGCUGCUGCUGCAUCUGUGGCCAUAUCCUCUACGGAGGUAGCCGUCUUCCUCCAAAGACGCCUCCGACAGGUGCAGUCGGAUAUCGACUCUGGCAUAUCCCGUGAUGACAUCCUGGCGCAGUUUAAGUCCAUUCUACGUGCCGUGGAAUUUCUGUGUGACUCUGGCCCACAACAGUUAAAAUUAGCCUCUAAAGCUAUGGCCCUCUCUGCAGCGGGUAGGAGGCCACUAUGGCUAAAACCUUGGGUGGCAGAUAAUGCCUCCAAGUAUAAUUUAUGCAGCCUCCCUUACGAGCCAGGAAGGCUUUUUGGGACUGAACUGGACCGCAUUAUGGAGGGUCUUGCCGAUAAAAAGGGCAAAUGCCUUCCUCAAACCCCUAAGGGUAGGGGUAGGCAGGGUAGAGGGUCCAGAUCCUUUCAGGGCCAAUCCAGGCCUCAGCGAGGCCGUGGGUCCAGGAGGGGAGGAUCAUAUCGUUCCGGUGGGAACAAAAACAAUAAAGCCGACCAGUGACGGCCCUCCCCUUCCGUCAGAUCCAGUCAUAAAUUUGACUCCUAUUCUUUCAGACCUCCCAGUCGGAGGCCGUUUAACUUUUUUUCUAAAUACCUGGACAGAGUUUGUUCCAGAUCCCUGGGUCCUGAAUAUAAUAAGGACAGGGUACAGGAUAGAAUUUUUAUCUGUUCCCCCAGAAAAAUUUGUUUUGACAAGAUUACUUCCACGCGCGAAGCAAACGGUGUUGGAGGAGUCUAUACUGGAAUACAGGCGGAAAGGGGCCUUGGAGGAGGUUCCUCCAGAAGAGAUUGGAUCCGGCGUCUAUUCGCCAGUUUUCCUUGUUCCCAAAGCCACAGGAGGUUGGCGCAUGAUCAUAGAUCUCCGCUACCUCAACCGAUUCAUAAAGAAAAGGCGGUUCCGGAUGGAAACCAUCAAAUCGGUAAUCAGCAUCCUGAGCCCAGGGGACCUGAUGGUCACACUGGAUCUAAGGGAUGCCUAUCUCCACAUCCCUGUGUGCCAGGCCCACAGGAAGUAUCUACGAGUGGCAGUAAGUCUCAGAGGGACGGUGAAACAUUUUCAGUUUGCCGCACUUCCCUUCGGCAUCACAACCGCGCCCUACAUCUUCACCAAAGUGGUGAUAGCUGUAGUAGCUCCCCUCAGAUUGAGAGGCCUGGAGAUCAUUCCAUAUCUGGACGAUUGGCUUCUAAAAGCCCACUCGGUAGAGACGCUUCAUCUUCAUCUUCUGCAGGCUCAGUCCUUCCUCCAGCGCUUGGGCUGGAUUAUCAAUUGGCAGAAGUCAGAGAUUUCUCCCUCCACUACCAGGAGGUUUCUGGGGUUCAUAAUAGAUUCUGCCAACAUGACGCUCUACCUUUCUCCGGAAAGGAAGUUACGCAUUUCCAAGACUGCAGAUCAACUCAUGGUUCCCCGCCGGGUAACUAUCAGAGUAUUGAUGAGGAUGUUAGGCCUAAUGUCAGCAGCCGUGGAUGCGGUUCCUUGGGCCUUGUGGCAUAUUCGCCCUCUUCAAGCGGAAGUUCUGAGUCUAUGGGAUCGAACUCCCAGAGGGCUAGAGACAAAGUGCUCCCUGUCAUCUCAAGCUCGCCGCUCACUGAAGUGGUGGAAACAGGUCAAAGAUGGGAGGUCCUUGAUCCAACCUUGUUGGAUCCUGUUGACGACAGAUGCAUCCCUUCUAGGCUGGGGUGCCCAUCUAGAGGAACUUCAAGUUCAAGGAUCCUGGAGCCCUCAAGAGCGUUUGAUGUCAUCCAAUCUGAGAGAACUCAGAGCAAUCCGGAUGGCUCUCUUUCAUUUUUUCCCCCUUAUCAGAAACAAGGCUGUAAGGGUUCGCUCAGACAAUUCUACUGCGGUAUCUUACAUCAACAAACAGGGAGGCACCAGGUCUCAGAGUCUACUCUCAGAAGUAGGUCUAAUUCUGUCUUGGGCAGAGCAGAAUCUUUCCCACCUUUCAGCAGUCCACAUUCGGGGGUCCCUGAAUGUGGUUGCAGACCAGCUCAGCAGAGGAGUCCCAGCUCUGGGAGAAAUGUCUCUGAAUCAGGAGAUCUUUCAUCAGAUCACUCUCCGGUGGGGUCGCCCGGACAUAGAUCUCAUGGCGACAAGAUUCAAUGCCAAAGUGGAAACGUUCUGUUCCCUGUAUCGGGAGGACAAUCCCUUGGCAGUAGAUGCUCUGUCAAUUCCAUGGGAGUUCAGGCUGGCCUACAUCUUUCCUCCCAUCGCCAUGAUACCCAGGGUAUUGAUGAAGAUUCGGCAGGACCAAGCCUCAGUAAUAGCCGUGAUUCCAUUCUGGCCCAGGAGGUCUUGGUUUACCCUGCUCAUGCAGAUGAGCCGAGGGCAAUAUUGGAAGCUUCCCCCAAUGCAGAACCUGGUGUCCCGGGGCACUCAGCUCUGCCUGGAUCCAUCCAGACUCAAUCUGACAGCCUGGAGAUUGAUGAGUCCCUUCUAGAGCCGGAAGGGCUAUCAGCAGCGGUCUUAAGAACGAUGUCUCAUUCCAGAGCUCCUGCGACUGUCAAGGCCUACGCCAGGGUAAAGCGCAUUUUUCUUCUAUGGUGUGCAUCUCAUCAAGUACCAUCUCAGGAUCCUCCAGUAUCAGCUAUUCUUCAGUUCAUGCAGGAUGGACUAGAUAAGGGCCUCAGCCCUUCUACACUCAAGGUACAGAUCUCUGCUCUGUCAGCCGCCUUUGGCAGAUCUUUACAUCAAGACCCUCUGAUUAAGAGGUUCCUUAAAGGAGCCGUACGUCUUAAGCCUAGCAUUUCAAGACCUAUACCGCAGUGGGAUCUCUCAGUGGUGCUUAAAGGGUUGAGUGGUCCUCCCUUUGAACCCUUGGAAGAAGUGGACUUUAAGUUUUUAUCCUGGAAGGUAACCUUUUUGUUGGCCGUAACUUCGGCCAAACGCAUUUCAGAGCUUCAGGCUUUUUCGGCAUAUGAGCCAUACACUUUAUUUUUACCGGACAGAGUCCUUUUACGUUUUUUACCCACCUUUUUGCCUAAGGUGCCCUCUGUGCACAACAUUAAUCAAGUUGUGUCUUUGCCUGUGUUAUGUUCCUCUUCUUCCUCUGCAGAAGAAACUUCCCUCCAUACUCUGGAUGUGGCCAGAUGUUUGAGAAUCUACAUUGAGAGAUCCCGGGAGUUCAGAAGGUCAGAGAAUCUUCUUAUCCUGUUCUUUGGCAGGAAUAAAGGGAAGAAGGCCUCUAAGCCUACUCUAAGUAGAUGGAUCAGAGAGGCCAUCAGAGAAUCUUUCGCUUCCCAGAAUAGACCUCCUCCUGCCUUUGUCACUGCUCACUCCACCCGAGCAGUCUCUACUAGUUGGGCCGAAAGGUCUCUUAUUCCUCUGGAACAGAUCUGUUCCGCGGCCUCCUGGAGCUCACAUUCUACCUUUGUGAGCCAUUAUAGACUCAACCUCAGGGGAUCAGAAGACACUGCCUUUGGGCGGUCUGUUUUGAAUUCCAUUCAGCAUUGAAGUCCCUACCCUUUAGGCUAACUUCUUGCUAAGUCCCCACAUGUGCUGCUGGUUAGGACGUAAGGGAAGCGUUAAUUUCUUAACGUUAAUUUGUUUUCCCUUAGUCCUAACAGCAGCACACAAAUAUCCCUCCCUUUGUUU